AUGCGGGAGUUUCAUGUGGAAGAUGCCACACAAAGUAAUCUACCGACUUCAGUGUUUCUCAUCGGGUAUAUUGUCGGGCCACUUGCGUUUAGUCCCCUGAGCGAGAUCGUCGGACGGCGGCUGGUGCUGCUGCCUACUUUGACUGUGUUUACUUUGUCGACUGUGGCGUGUGCCUUGAGUCCGAAUUGGGGAUCGCUGCUCUUCUUUCGGUUUAUCUGCGGAACCAUGGGUUCUGCGCCUCAGACGGUUGUGGGUGGUGUGUAUGCGGAUAUGUUCUUUGAUCUCAGAGAAAGAGGUAGAGUGAUGGCAUUCUAUAUGGGGUCAGCUAGUUUCGGACCCAUUCUUGGUCCAAUAAUAUCGGGGUUUGUAUCGCCCUCUUAUGGCUGGAGAUGGACGUUCUGGAUUGCUUCGAUACUGGCGGGCUGUGCCUGGAUCUGCCUUCUCUUUGUGCCCGAGACCUUCGGGCCGGUUCUAUCGAGGCGCAAUGCGACUGGAAUGGGGGAUACAGUUGCGAAGGACGCGGUCAACAUCGUUCAAAUCGUCAAGCGACCCUUGGCUAUGCUGCUCUUUGAACCCAUUAUCACCUUCACUUCGAUAUACCUCGCGCUGGCUUAUGGUCUUGUCUUCUUCUACUUUCAAGCUUACCCAAUAAUUUUUGAAAGUGUCUACGGGUUCGAUGUACAGAUGACCUCUCUUGCUUUUCUCCCUGUCGGCGUCGGUGCAGCCUCCACCAGUCUCGCUGCCCUCUACUGGGAUCUGGCCUAUGGCAAAGCCAAGAAACGCAACAAGCCAUGGCGCUUCGGCGCAGAACUCCACCGACUCCCUAUCUCCUGUCUCGGCGCCGUCCUCCUCACAGCCAGCUCGUUCUGGCUCGCCUGGACCUCCCGAGCAGAAGUCCACUGGGCAGUUCCCAUCGCCUCCGGACUCGCGUUUGGUUUCGGCUACCAGACCAUCUUCGUGUCGCUCUUGACGUACGUGACCGAUGCUUACAAGAUAUAUUCCGCCAGUGCACUAGCUAGCUCGGUCAUUCUGCGCAGUGUUCUUGGGGCACUGCUGCCGCUGGCUGCUAAGCCGAUGUACGGGACGUUGGGGGUGAAUUGGGCGACCUCGCUGGUCGGGUUUUUGAGUCUGGCGUGUGUGCCCAUUCCGUUUGUGCUCUUGUACAAGGGGGAGUGGGUAAGAGAGAGGAGUGAAUUCUGCCAGCAGUUAAUGAAGCAGGAAUGGCCAAAGGAAGGUUCAGAUACAGAGCGCGGAAUACGGGUUUGA